CCCGUUUCCAAGAAUGGUUUCAGAGAUGGCGGAGUCNACCUAUUGUCCCCACAUCUUGGGAUCGACCCGUUUCCAAGAAUGGUUUCAGAGAUGGCGGAGUCCAUCUCACUUACAUCGUUCUCGAGCAGAUUCAUUGCGCAGGUUAUAUCAGACUGGUUGUACGACUUCUUGUUGAAUUUCACUUACUGCAAUGCUACUCAACGGUUUACGAGAUGCAUAUGUGGCCAAAAGGAGAUCAAGCGACCGGCAAUGCCCUUCAUUAAGCCCAGUUUCCUCUACGGAACACAUGAGUUAAAUGCUGCCUAUUCAUUCCUCGCAGAAGUUGAUGGCUGCUACUUUGGCCUGCCUCACAUGCAAGCCCUGGUCAAGUUGGUUGGGCCACAUUCUUUACCGCUCCUGAUCCAAGCAUGCCUGCAGCACCUUACUCACCUGGUUACGUCUGUGCUUCCGUCUCACAUGAUGGAGCUGUUACCGAGGAUGCCAGAGGACCUUGCAAUGCCCCCACUCAACAGUGCCCCUCUUGGCUGCCUGAACUUCUUCGACCAGCAGGUCGAAUGGCUGAAACAAUACAAUCGAAGAGUGGACCUCUUGGAAUGUCUGAGACUGAUUGGAAGCAUCAUUGCAUGGAUGGUCUUCAUGGAUAUGGCCUUGAGAGAGCAAGACACCCUCCAAAUGAUGCAGGUGGCACCCUUUCUAGGGGUCAUAUCAGGUCGAGAUGGCCAGCUGCAGCACCUGGUAGGAGAUGAUGAUGAUCAGACAGGUCCCCUGGUUUCACUUAUCCAAAGAGCACUGACCACAGCCAUGGAAAAGGAUGCAGUUGUUGUGCCUGCGCUGGUUCCGGACUUCAUCAAGAAUGCUCAAAUCACAGAGUCGAUGUACUGGAGCAGCGUUCAGGCAAGCAGUGUGCUGAAGUAUGCGAUAUCACACCUAAAGAUGUCGCUUGACUGUGUGAGGAGGCACUGGGCACCAGCCCCUACAAACGGACUUCUGGAAACAAGGCCGAUGCAAGAUUUUUGCUCCCUCUAUAGCGCCCUCCAGUUUAUCUUCUGUCUUGACCAGCCGGAGCCAGGGCAAGAGACACAUUGGGAGAAGUAUGGAGAUGCUCUAUCGUGGGGGGCUUGUAGCAUCAUCUACCUUCUGGGACAGCGGAGGCGUUUUGAGAUGGUGGAUUUCAGCUGCUAUCUGAUGCGAGUUGUCGAAACGGACACUGCAGUGACAAGCUUGGCCGCCCUGAGAGAGCGUGUGAAAGGAAGAUCCACAACCACUCUUCCUGCUCUGGGAAGGAGCAAGGAGCUCAAACUUUUUCUAGCAAAUGCUGUGAAGGCAUACAGAGUCAACAGCUUUGUCAUGAACAUGCUGGCGGCACAUCACCCAUUUGAGCAGAAGCCGGCACAAGCUCUGGCGCAUGAUGGAUCAGUGCUCACCGGGGUGACGCACGAGCUGAAGCCAUCAGGGUUUGAACUGCUGCCCCAUCUGACUGCAAGGAGCAUUGCCAACGGAGCUGGCCAGUAGCGAAUGCUCGGCAAGGCUGUUGCAAGGGAUGGACAUCAUCUUCUAGUGAGAAGCCACUUAGUCACUUCUGAUGUUUUUGACGUUCAAUUCCUCGUGUGGCAACACAAGGAAUGAUGUUUGACGAAGAAUGCAUGUAAUUCCUACAGAAGUCCCGGGAAGACUGGCAAUUCCCAAACAAAUGCAUGCUUACAGGGGCAACCAGGCAAUUCCCAAACAAAUGCAUGAGGUCGACUGACAGUUCAACCGCUUCGGAUUUCCAUCGAAUGUGUGCAAACUGCGCAAGAAGUAAUUCGUGAGGUGACGAGCCAGCUAACGUUAGUGCGAUUCCCUGCCGGCCGUUCGUCAUGGUCUCGAUGCUGGUGGUGUUUGACACUGUUUGUUCGAUAAUAUACCACACAUCGCAAGGGUGAACCAGUCAAUUUGAACGUGUCCCUUGCGUAAUUUGCGACUAAGGGGACUGACUACCCGUGGUUGACGAUGUGCAAGCUCGUCUUUCGAGCAAUGCAGUGCUAAAGGGACUAUCCCUUGCGUAAUUUGCGACUAAGGGGACCGACUACCAGUGGUUGACGAUGUGCAAACUUGUCCAUCGAGCGAUGCGGUGCUAAAGGGACUAUCCCUUGCGUAAUUUGCGACUAAGGGGACUGACUACCAGUGGUUGACGAUGUGCAAACUUGUCCUUCGAGCGAUGCGGAUGCGGUGCUAAAGGGACUACAAAUGGUCCCCCAUUAGCAGCAAAGGGGGGGGGUGCUGGUAAUGGGACUACAAGUGGUUACCAGAUACAUGUGUGGUGGCAUAUACCAGUGAUGUAUCGCCCAUUGAUGACCUGUGCAGGGUUCGAACCCUUGACUUCGUGCUCCAAAAGAAGCGCCUGCUGGAACAGCCGACUACAAAUGGUCGACCAACGCUAAGGGGGGGGGCCACAGGUGGUUGAGGAUGCCCAUGUGUAGUUGGGAACACGUGUAUCUCCAUAGGCGACCUCUGCAGGGUUCGAACCCAUGACUUUGUGCUUGAAAAGAAGUGUGCCUGCUAGUCGACCAAUGCUAAGGGGACUACAGGGUGUGGUUGGGGAUGUCCUCCAAGUCAGGAACAUGAUUGAUUGGUGCUGGAAAAUCCGACACCAGUGCCAAGGACUUGAAUGAAAAAAGCCUCCGUCU